ACAAGGGAAUAGAUCAGUGGCAGAGUAUGAGAGGGAGUUCUCCCGCCUGAGUCACUAUGCGGAGAGUCUCCUUACUACCAGUAAAGCAAGAUGCAAGAGAUUUGAGACGGGUUUGAAGCCCAGCAUACGGAUGCAAGUUGUAGGAUUUCGACACAGCAACUUCUCAGAACUUAUGUCUCAAGCACUUGAACUGGAGAGAGUUGAAGCAGAAGCAAACCCAGUGAAGGAAAAAGUCGAGAAAUUAGAAAAAGACAAGGGGGAAAAAUCAGUUGAGCAGAGUUCUGGUGCUACCUCCGGAAAGAAAAAGAAGUUUAGUGGACCCAGCAGGGGUCGAGGUGGCAGAUUUGGCAGAGGCAGAUUUUCUGGUCAGAGACCCCCUAGGUCUGGUCAGCAGUCAAGCAGGGGUUCACAUUCUGCCCGCCCCUGUGAGACUUGUGGCAAGAUUCAUGGGGGGGAAUGUUAUUGGGCCACUGGAGCCUGCUUUAACUGUGGAGGCAAGGGCCAUAUAGCUAAAGAUUGUACUAGUGCUCCGAGAUAUGGUCCAGCUCCUACUACUGCCGAGGGAUCUAUUCAGAGUCCUGCUCCUAGAGGUUCACAGUCUGUUGGCAGAGGAAGAGGCAGAGGUAGAGGCACUGCUUCAGGCAGUCAGGGCACAGUUGGUCAGUCUGCACAAGGAAGUGCGUCAGCCAGAGUCUACACGAUGAGACAGCGAGAAGAGGCUGAGACUUCCGAUGUGGUAGCUGUUGAAAAGAAUAUCGGGAAGGAACCCGAGGAACCGAGUCGAGGCUAAAGGACGACUCGUUUGAGGUUUGUGCACAACAUAUACUUUUAUAAUCAUCUUUUGCAUAUCGUUUUAAAUAAUGUGAAAUAUUGGAUUAUGACAUUCUUAUGAUGUUGAUCUAAAUUGUUGAAAGUUAUUAUGUAUAUUUGAAAAGAAAAUGUUUAGCAAAUUGUUAAGAUAAGUUUUGAAACCACAGUGUCAUGACCACAUAUUUGAACACCUCACUAGCACGACUAGUGGGGGUAAUUAGUUUCGAAUUUUGAUUCCUUCUCUGGAGAAGUGUUGAGGUGUGCCAGUAGAAGAGGAUGUGAAUGGAUAUCCAUAUAUUUGAGCUAGCUAGCCUUGUGAUGUGAUUUCUCUUUAGCCUCUGGCUAUUGAGAUUCUAUUUGUUUCGAAUGGCAUGAUUUAACUGUGGGUUUUAUGAAAUGUGUUUUGAUACUUUGAAAUAAACUUGGUUUACAUGUAAAAUCUUACAAUGCAUGAUUGUAUUUAAUUUUCAUGUUUAAUCAAAUUUUUGAAUGA